GUCGUCCAGAGUGUCGUCUUCGCGGCUCCGAUGGUUUUCUUCGUUUCCGACGACGUUAGCGAGGCCACCCAAUCGGUCUUGGACGAGCUAUACAGAAGCAGCGUGAACUAUAUCAUGCACAAUGACGCGCCACCCCGGAUGCCGGGACUGCCUGAAUUCUGGGUGCCGGCACUGAAGCAGGCUGCAACCGCUAUGGUCCGAAAAGGCUUCGCUGAGAAAGGGAGCUACUUGAAGCGAGCCCUCAAGUGGAAGUUGCUCUUUGGGGACGGACGACUGGAUAUUCUGUUUGAUUUGCUUGAGCGGAGGGCACAGUAUGCCCUGGACUCCUGCCGUGGUUACCGGCAUACUUGCAAAAUCCUCCUGGUGCCACUGUACGAUGCCAGCCAGGGCAUUGCGCAGAUGGACUUCGAUGAGUUUGCAAGUAUCCCUUACCGCGCAGAGAGUGAUUCGGAAGAGAUGCUCCACAUCGAAUCUGAGUUUGCCUGGAUUGUCCACGUGUGCUUGCCGAGGAACUUUGCGCGCACCUACCGAUGGAUGCGCCUGAAACAUGUGGCCUCGGGUCUUUGCCUCGCCUGCACAGAGGAGGGGCAGCUGCAACUGCGUGAUAGCUGGGGGGCCAACCCAGACGAUUUGUUUUGGCAGCGGCACCAUGUGCAGAUCACUGUCCGCCCGCCGGAUGGCACCUUCCGCCUUGGCAGCAAGGCCUCACAGCGCUGGCUGGCCGCGACGGAAGGGGGUGAGUUGCAGAUCAGCGACGGCGACUUCGAUGAGCAAUACUGGACCUUGCGCCUAAGAGGGGAUGGUGAGUACCACUUGGAGAGCUACUCCUCAUCGAAACUGUUGACAGUGCAGGGAUCUGGCGGACAGGAGAAGCUCAUUCUGGCCAACAAGCUACAGCCCGGCGAUCAUCGGUGGGUGCUGAUUCCUCAGAAGCUGAAACACACGCUGCCACCGAAGAGCGAC